AUGUCUCUCGAAUCUCACACCCAGCAGCUCACGCAAUCGCUCGCCCAAGCCAACCUCACCCCCGGCUUACUCCCCUUCCUACCCCCAGACUUCAACCCUACCACCCAGCUGCACGUCUCCUUCAACGAUAAGCCCGUAUCCUUGGGGAAUCUCUUUCGCGCGAGCGAAUGCAAAACAGCUCCAAGCGUAUCUUUUCCCAAAGAGGAGAGCAAUCAACCAUCCUCGACAAGUUAUACCCUCCUCCUAGUUGACCCUGACGCCCCCACACCCGACGACCCCAAAUACGCCUUCUGGAGACACUGGGUUAUCUCGGGGUUGAAGGCCGAGGAGGGCGACAGUGGGACCGCAUUGACGGAAUAUCUGGGGCCUGGGCCGAAAGACGAAGAGCCAGAGGGGUUCGCACUGAAGAAGGAGGACGUUGGGGGGGAGGAGUUUACGGCGAGGCGGUCGUUUAAAGUUGCAGAGUGGGUUGAGAGCCAUGGGUUGGAGCUGGUCGGGGUGAACUGGAUGUUGGGGGCUGGUGAUGGGUGGACAGAGUGA